AUGAGUGGAAGAGGCAAAGGUGGUAAAUCAAGGGCAAAAGCGAAGACGAGGUCUGCACGAGCCGGUUUGCAAUUCCCAGUCGGUCGUGUUCACCGCCUGCUGCGUCGAGGUAAUUACGCUGAACGCGUUGGUGCUGGAGCUCCUGUUUAUUUGGCAGCCGUUCUUGAAUAUCUUGCUGCUGAAGUUCUCGAGUUGGCUGGCAAUGCUGCCCGCGACAAUAAGAAAACGCGUAUUAUUCCUCGUCACUUGCAACUAGCUAUCCGUAACGAUGAAGAAUUGAACAAAUUGUUGGGAGGUGUCACUAUUGCCCAAGGCGGUGUUCUACCCAACAUUCAAGCUGUACUUCUACCGAAGAAAUCUGAAAAGGCUGCUACUGGCAAGGAAUAA